GAGACGGUAAGCUUAUUUGUUCAGGCAUAUCAUAAUCCAAAUAAGCCUGGGAUCCAAUUUCUCAUUUCCCCAAGCAAAACAGGGGAAGAAAAAAAAAAGUAAAAAAUUAAAAAAAUGAGAGCCUCAACAAGAGUCAUAUGGACAGUAUCUGUCCUUAUGCUCGCAGCUGUGUCGGAGGCCAUCUUCCCUCUACCGUUUCUACCUUUCCUCCCUGGCUUCAACCACGGCCACGGCAAUGGGGCGGCCAAGGCUGUGAAACCACAGCCUGCAGCGGCAGUGGCUGGAAAAGGUGGAAGAAGACGUGGUGGGAGUAUGGAAGCUCAGACAAACUGGGGUGGUAAGUGGGAGAUUUUCUUGCAAAACUCUGGUGUGUCCGGUAUGCAUGCGAUUCUGAUGCCAGUCAUCAACAAGGUCCAGUACUACGACGCCACCAUUUGGAGAAUUUCAAAGAUUAAGUUGCCUCCAGGUGUACCAUGCCAUGUCGUGGACGCCAAGACUAACCGGAUCGAUUGUUGGGCUCAUUCGGUUCUCAUUGAUGUCAACAACGGCGCCAUUAAGCCUCUAUCCCUUGCCACCGAUACAUGGUGCUCAUCCGGAGGUUUGACUAAAAACGGGACAUUGGUGAGUACCGGAGGAUACAAUGGAGGCGCCAACACCGCAAGGUACCUAGCCAGCUGUGAUAACUGCGUGUGGGAAGAAUACCCUCAGGCAUUGGCUGCGAAGAGAUGGUACUCAACGCAAGCCACUCUCCCUGACGGCAAGUUCUUCGUGAUCGGUGGACGAGACGCCUUGAACUACGAGUACAUUCCAGAGGAAGGACAGAACAACAGGAAGCUCUACGACUCAUUGCUCCUCAAGCAAACAGAUGACCCGGAAGAGAACAACCUGUACCCUUUCGUGUGGCUCAACACCGACGGUAACCUCUUCAUCUUCGCAAACAACCGAUCCAUUCUUCUAAGCCCCAAAACAAACCAAGUCAUCAGGGAGUUCCCUCAGCUCCCAGGUGGUGCCCGUAACUACCCCGGAUCAGGUUCCUCCGCCCUCCUCCCCAUCCAACUUUACGUGAAAAACCCCAAGGUCAUCCCUGCCGAGGUCCUCGUCUGCGGUGGUACCAAACAAGACUCGUACUACAGGGCUGGUAGAAGGACGUUCGAUCCUGCAUUGCAAGAUUGCGCCAGGAUAAGGAUCAACAGCGCGAAGCCACGAUGGAAGACGGAGAUGAUGCCGACGCCACGAGUCAUGAGUGACACAGUCAUCCUCCCCAACGGAGACAUCCUUCUAGUAAACGGAGCUAAACGUGGUUGUUCAGGAUGGGGCUACGGUAAAGACCCUGCCUUUUCUCCCAUCUUGUACAAGCCCCGUGCUCCACGUGCAAAGCGUUUCAAAGAGCUUCAGGCCUCCACCAUCCCACGUAUGUACCACUCCACCGCCAUCAUCCUCCCUGACGGUAAGGUUCUUGUCGGUGGAAGCAACACCAACGACGGUUACAAGUACAACGUCGAGUUCCCAACGGAGCUUCGCGUUGAGAAAUUCUCCCCACCUUACCUCGACCCGGCUCUAGCCAACAUGAGGCCAAAGAUCGUCGCCGCAGGCACCCCAAAACAGGUCAGAUACGGACAGUUCUUCAACGUGAAGGCCGACCUUAACCAAAAGGGAGUGACCAAGGAGAAUCUCAAGGUUACCAUGUUAGCACCAGCCUUCACAACACACAGUAUCUCCAUGAACAUGAGGAUGCUCAUCUUGGGCGUCGCUGAUGUCAAACCCGCUGGUGCUGGUUACGAUAUCCAGGCAGUCGCACCACCAAAUGGAAACAUCGCUCCUCCCGGUUACUAUCUUCUCUUCGCCGUCCACAAGGGUGUUCCCAGCACUGGAGAAUGGAUUCAGGUCGUCUAAAAAUGAUAGAUUUUUUACCCAUUUCUCUUAUGCAGUAACAUCUUGAUAUGAAAAAAAAAUCAAAAUUUCGUAAUAUCAGUGUGUUUUUUUUGUUUUUUUUUGUUUUAUAUAUUGUAAAUGCCAAUGCCAUCAUUAAUCGAUCCAAAGUCCUUGUGUUCUCUUAAUCAUUUCUCUUACAUUUCUUCUUUCAAUUCAUGUAAACCUUUCAGUAAUUUUUUUUUC